AUGGCUUGUGUGAAGGUUUACUUGUGUUCUAACCCAGACGAGUCUGUAAUGGAGAGGAAGGUGCUGAGAGAGUGUGUUGUUCCCAAACUGAGGGACCACUGUAGACGGACGCAUGGAGUAGAUUUUAGGGUUAUUGACCCGUAUGAAGAGACAAACCCUGAUAACUGGCCGACACAGAGGGUUCGACUGCAGUUAAUCGAGGAGUGCAGGCUGAAUUCACUGGGUCCUUUCUUUGUGGGUCUGGUUGGGGAACAGUACGGAACUUCAUGUUUACCGGAGCAGGUGGAGCUUUCUGAGUUCUUCACAGUGCUGCAGGUUAGCCAGCAGAUGGGAUUCAGCUCUGAAAUCCUGGAGAAAUGCUACAAGAGGGAUGACAACAACAUACCGCCUGUAUUCUGUCUGAUCAGCCAAGAGGAAUACAAGAAACAACCAGAUCAGAUCAGGCCAGUGAAUGAAACUGAUGAGAACAGUUGGGAGGAUGCACUUGUGAAAGGAAGGAGAAUCUUACAUUUUGUUGUGAGUCAGUGUGUUCUGAAGGGCUUAAUCGAUCCACAACAGGCUCAUAAAUAUUUCAGCUCAGGACUUGAGAACGACCUCCGGUUUGCAAUGGAUGGUCGAUCUGCAGCUGAUAUUAAAAGGUGUCUUUGUUAUGUCUAUAAAACUUCCAAGACAACCAGCCAGACAAGAAAGAACAGAAAUGAACCACAUUCGGUGCUCCAGUCUCAAUCAGGAAGACUAUCUGAACUCUGCAAUAACUUCCUACCAAACCUGGUGAAAACCCAUGGAGCUCUGAUAUACACCACAUCCAGUGCUGAACAGGAGUGUGAUGAUGAGCAGAUCUAUGCAGAGGGGCUCAGCCAUCAGCUAUACUCUGAUCUUCUGCAUCUUGUAGACAAAACUGUUGUGAGGGAAAGAAAUCAAACCCAUGAUACAAUCGUCCGGCAGGAGAACCUGUGUCGAAACCUUUCAAGUCUCUACAGAAUUGAGCGUUCAGAAGUCGCUCAUGUUAAAGCUUAUCUGGCGCAGGAUACGAAAUAUCCAUUUGUUCUUGUUGGUGGACCAUGUACUGGGAAAAGUGUGCUUCUGGCCCACUGUGCAAGUCAGAUGAAAAUAUGGCUCAAGGACCAGGAACCUGUGGUUAUUACACACUUUGCUGACCGUAACUGCUCUCUAAAGCAAAUUUUCAUCAGCAUUUGUCACCAGAUUGCUUUACAUCUUAAUCAGCAGUACAACCCCUGCCUCAAAGACAUUUAUCGGUUCAGAGAAACCUUCCAAAACCUUUUAAGUAUGAGUUCACUCUCCCAAAAUCCUCUAAUCCUAAUUCUAGAUGGACUUGACCAGUUGGAAGAAAUCAAGAAACCACUGGACUUAACCUGGCUUCCAAAUACUUUACCCAGUAAUGUUAAGAUUUUUAUCUCAACCACACCCACUAAGUCUGGGUUUCUGUCUGCUGUGAGGACACAUUACCCAGAAUCCACUUUGUUGUUUGAGUUAGAACCACUAGAUAGUAAGAGGUGCAGCCAGAUGCUGAAAAGUCUCCUAACAGCAUCUAACAGAAGGGUCACGUCAGGUCAGCAGAUGUACGUGAAUGAAGCUUUUAAGAAAUGCUCUCUCCCUUUGUAUGUGGAGCUUCUCUAUAGACAGGUGUGUUGUUGGGAUUCAAUGUUAGAGAUUACGUCGGACACAGUGGUACCGGGCGUCCACACAAACAUCGGUCUGUUAUUGGAUAACCUUGAAGCCAAGCAUGGAAAAGUCCUAGUUGCGAGAACCCUUGAAUAUCUCAAUUUGUCUAGGUUUGGCUUGACAGAAUCUGAGCUUACUGACCUUCUGUCUUGUGAUGAUGACAUUUUGCCAGCUUACCUGCCAAUUAAGGACAGUGCACCAUAUAGGUUAAGGGUACCUGAGGUGGCUGUGGAGAGGUUACUUCUAGACCUUAAAGGAUUUCUACAGCCACAGAAAACGUCUGGCAUACAAACUCUGUCCUUGGUCAGUAGACACUUCAAGUCUGUCAUCUAUAAGAGGUAUCUGUGCUUGAACGAGCAGCUUAAAAUUCACUCUCUAAUGGCUCAUUAUUUUAGUGGCCGGUGGGCAUCUGGAACAGCUAAGUCUUUGAUUAAUAAAGCAGGUUUGAGUAGAGACAAGAACCUCAACAGUGCCCAAAAUGAAGCAGGGCAAAUAAAGGUUUACACUGACAGGCAAGUUCCUGGUCAACCCUGGAUAUUUCAAUCCUUCAUAACCUCUUGUGCUACACUUCCAAAUUUGAGGAAACUGCAAGAAUUGCCUUUUCAUCUAAUGAAGGGUGAAAACAUUAAGGAACUUGUUGAUGUGCUGAUGUCCCAGGAGUUCCUCCAAGGAAUGUUUUGUGCAUCAUUAGGAGAGGCAUUGAUAUUCAUGCUUGAGAAGACAUCCCAAAUAUUGUCUUCCAGGGAACUUAGACUCCUCCUGUGUGUGCUGAAAAGUUCAGUCUGCAGGCUUAAGGAUUGUUCUGCUGAAUUGAUGUUAGUUUUGCAGGCCAAAUUGUUCUCCUUCUUUCAAGUUCUUCCUGCAUUAAAGAAUUCUGUCUGCCAGACAGGACAUAAUGAUGGGGUUAAUAUGGUGGUAGGUCCAACACCCACUGUCCCUGCCACUUAUUGGGCACCACCAAAUGUGGAGUCAUCUCCAGUUUUAAAAGUAGCUAUAUCCCAGUCUGGUUUUGCAGUCGUAAUCCAGAACAAUGGUUCUGCCUGGGUCUGGAAUGGAAGUGAUUCUGAGGGCUUUAAACUCCCCCAGUAUUCUGACCUGGAGUUUACAGAUGUCAGAUGUUCUGCAGAUGUGUUUAUUCUAUUCACACAGACCGGAACACUUCUAUUAUGGAAUGUUAAUGUUCUCUCAGACCUCCAGAAGGUUUACAUCCUACAAAGAGAUCCAAAAGAUGUAACAAGCAUUGAUGGUGUGUUGUCAUCUAGGGGCAAGACUUUUGUAUUCUCAAAGGAAAGCAGUAAUGUUCAGGUGUUUGCUGAGGGAAUGGAAGUGACUCGAUUCCAGUGCUGCUGUAGCGUAACGUGCAUCUCUUGUAGUGAUGACUACAUAAUUUGUUGUGGACAAAGUAAGGGUACUGUAAGUGUAUUCGACUUUCAGAGUGGUAGCUCUUUGGUCUCUUUUACUUGUUCAACGGAGUUAGCAUUGUUUGAUCUCAUAAUCCAUGAUCACCAAGACAUGAUAACCUGCAUUGAUUGCACAGGAAGUGUGUUUGUAUGGGACAUCAACAACAUUACCGAACCAGUACUCAUUAAAGAGAUGCUAAGCACCACCAAGAACAAUGUUUUAAAUAUAGACCACGUAGACUGCAACCUUCUUAUCUGUAAACGAGAACAGAUCCAAUUUAUUUGUGGGCACUUGCUAGAGGUGCAAGAUCAUCUUAAGGCUCCCAAGGGGAAAACAUUUGUUCAAGCAGUUCUGGAUCAUGAUGCACACUUUAUCAUUGCUUUUCUGAAGGAUUCACCAUUUCUUUUGGUCUGGAAUCGGGUUUCGGGACAAUGUGUGUUAAAGGUUGACAAUGGCAGCAGCCAGGCUUUCGGACUUAUAAAGGGGGACACUUAUCUCACAGCUGUGACAAGCACAGGAAUUGUUAACUGGGACUUGGAGCUCAUUUCAGUAGCUGCAUCCAUUCCAAAAUCUGGUGCAAGAAUUCUAAAAAUGAUUAUAGAAUCACAGGGGGUCCAUUUGUACACCACUGAUGGCUCUGAGAUUGUAUGGAAGUGGAGAGUGUUAGAAGGAAGAGUGGAGAGCCACCUUCUUCAUCAUGGAUCUGUAAAGGCAUUGGUUCUUUCAGGAGAUGAUACUUACUUGGUCACUGUUGCCUCUGGUGAUAUUUAUGUCUGGAACAGCAAUACAAAUGAGAACAUUUACAGAAUUCGUGGCAGCAAAGCAUCUUCUGUCCUGACAACUCCAAAUGGUAACUUUGCAGUAUCACUGUCAGAAACAGGUCCAUCCAAGGUUUGGAAGUUGUGUGAUGGACAUGUGGUUUGUAACAUCCACCAUCAUGUUAUAAAUGCUGUAAUUUCACCAGAAAGUACAUUUCUCAUGGGCAUUAACAGAGAAGAUCUUGUUGCCAUCAGCCUCUGGUCUGGUUGUGUCAGCAAAAGGUUUCGCUCUUCCACCUGGUCAAAGGUUGUUGCCUUCCACCCACUGCCAGACCAUCCAGACUACGUGGUCGUGAUAACUAUUUCAGGAGUGGUGUAUUCCUGGAGGCUUACAGAAGACACUGUUUGCCAGCAAUUCCUCUGCCCAGAGUCCUUCCAGUAUCCAAUGCAGUUCUUCAAGAUUUCAUCAAAUGGAAGUUAUGGCAUUGUUUCUGUAGAUGGGUUAAAGGUAACCAUAUUAGAUGUUUACCAUGGUAAACUAUGCUCUUUAAAUGCUGAGGGAGAAGUCUGUCAACAAUUUGUUGACAUUUCUAGUAAAUAUGCAGUCUAUAUCUGCCACCCUCGAGCAUGUUGUCAGAAUUACCUGUGUGAUCCCAAUACCAAGCAGAUCUUGGUUGCUAUACGGGUAUCAGAUGGAAAGACAGUGGGGAGGUUCUACCUAUGUAAUAAUCCGUCUGCUUUAAAACUUUCUGAAACAUUGUUUGUGUAUGUGGGCUUUGAGGAUGGAUCUGUUGGUGUUUAUACUAUCAGUGAUUCAGAAUUAGGUGACACCAACACCUAUGCCAGAUGUCAGAGCGCACAAAUAAUGUGUCCAUUUGAUGAUCCUGUGGUUUGGGAGCCCUUGGCAAACCCAAAUCUUACUUGGAUUGAUGUAGCUUCUGAACUGUUGUGA